AUGAACCCGAUUAUUCCAGGAUUCGCCCCCGAUCCUUCUGCGGUCCGCGUCGGGGAUACUUACUUUCUGGUCAACUCCAGCUUUCAUAUAUUCCCUGGCCUACCUAUAUAUGCGAGUAGAGAUCUCGUCUCAUGGAAACAUAUCGGAAAUGCCAUAAAUACGCAGAGUCAGCUCAGUCUCGCAUUGACUCACACAAAAUUGAAUUUGGAAGAAGGAGGCAACUUCAUGUGCGCAGCUGGUGGACUCUAUGCUCCCACAAUAAGACAUCAUGCUGGCAGAUUCUACGUGAUCUGUACGAAUGUGAUUCAUACCGGCGAACAAGAAGGCACACACCAAAACUUUAUCGUCUCGACAGCAGAUAUCUGGGGUUCCCAGUGGAGCGAUCCUGUCUUCUUUGACUUUGAUGGGAUUGAUACUAGUGUUUUGUGGGAUGAUGAUGGUCGCUCAUAUAUGCAUGGGUCUGCCGCACCAGGACCAAUGACUACCAUUAAGCUGUUCGAAAUCGAUCUUGCCACGGGAAAGAAGCUAUCGGAUGAGAAAACCAUCUGGAGAGGUACCGGGGGCAUCUGGCCUGAGGGCCCUCACAUUUAUAAAAAAGAUGAUGGAUGGUACUAUCUAUUCAUCUCCGAGGGGGGCACAUUUGAAGAUCAUAUGAUCACGGUUGCGCGGUCAAAAUCUGUCUGGGGCCCGUAUGAGGCAAAUCCUCAUAAUCCAAUUCUUACAGCUCGCGGCACAGAUGAAUAUGUACAGCAUACCGGUCAUAGCGACAUCUUCCAGGAUUCGCAAGGCAACUGGUGGGUGGUGUGUCUUGGUGUUCGAAAGGACCGGUCCAAACGCUAUGUCAUGGGACGGGAAACAUUUCUUACCUCGAUGGAGUGGCCGGCAGGAAGCUGGCCAAGAGUAAACCAGGUCAAAAUAGGCUUGCCAUCAGACCUCACAACUACUUCGCCAGGCACCGUAUCGAGCCUGAGCACAAACCCUGAUGUGGACUGGUGCUACAUUCGAGAUGCAGACCUGACCAUGCACAAAAUUGUUGAGAAUGGCAGGGAAAUCGUCCUCACAGCGGCUGAAUACGAUUUAAGUCAGGCCAGACCUGAAAGCCGGGUCACGUUCGUGGGUAAGCGCCAGCGCCAGCUCGAAGGCCAUUCUCAAGUCGCUGUUCAAAACGUCUCACCAGGCACACAAGUCAAUGCAGGUCUAUGUGUCUACAAGGACGAACACAGAUUCGCGCGAAUAUAUGUUGAGUAUGAAACGUCAGCUAUCGUGCUCGAAUUUGUUAACAAAGCGAAGUCGAUCGACAAGAGCAAGAAAAUAGCUGUCAACCUUAAAGAUGCCGCCGCUACGUGGUUUAGAAUAGAGUACCUUGAAUCACAUUAUAGAUUCUCAUAUCGUCUCGAGGAAGAUUCUUCAUGGGUUGAUUUCGGGGAUCUUGACACGCUAGAGUUGACGGGCCAUGACUUUGUUGGCCCUAUCGUGGGCAUCUUCGCUUUCACGAAGCCUAUGAAUGGGCGUACAGAUAUCAAAUUCGAGAUGCUUGAAAUUGAUUGA